GCUACACAGAACAUCUCUAUCGCCGAUUUAAUUAAUUAGGUGCUUAGGCUUCUUCAGCUUCGGGAGGAAGAGGUGGAGGAGGACGAGGAGAGAGAAUGAGAGAGCGCUGCGCUGCUGAUCUGAUCAGGUGCGUCGGAGAUAGGCCAGAGGGGGGCGAGAGUCGAAGGAAGAACUGAGGCCUGAGAGAGGAGAGUGAGCCAGCGGGAUGAUGCUGCCGUUUCCAAUCCAUCACCGUCCUUUUCUUCUCUGCGGCAUUCUGUUACUCGGGAUUUUAGCGGCUGCGCACGACAAGGAACCCUAUGCAAUGCGCAUAAGCUGCGGAGCUCGAGAGGAUGUCACCACUAAGCCUUCCGAUACUUUAUGGUACAGGGACUUUGGUUACAGUGGUGGAAAAUUUACUAAUGCAACAGUCCCCAGUUUCGUUGAGCCUCUGCUGAAAACGCUUCGCUAUUUCCCUCUGUCUGAUGGACUGGGGAAUUGUUAUACUGUUAGCAUGAUCCCUCGAGGUUACUAUCAAGUGAGGCUAUUCUUUGCACUCAUUGCAGAUCCUGGUUUUGGCAAUGAACCUAUUUUUGACAUCUCUGUUAAGGGAACUCAAAUUUAUUCGUUGAAGCCUGGCUGGAGCAAUGUUGAUGACCAGUCAUUUGUGGAGGCGUUCGUAUUUGUUACUGAUUCAUCCUUAGCUGCUUGUUUCCAUAGCACUGGUCACGGUGAUCCAUCUGUUCUCUCAAUUGAAAUUCUUCAAGUUGAUGACAACGCAUACUCUUUUGCAUCCCCCUGGGGUAAAUGGACAGUGCUUAGGACAGCCAAAAGAUUGACGUGUGGUUCUGGUAAAUCAGCAUUUGAUGAAGAAUAUGGUAGCAGCCAAUGGGGUGGGAAUAGAAUCUGGUUCGGUACUUCAUCUUUUCCAGAUUCUGGUCAACCUAUAUCAACAAAUCAUAGCAUUAGUCAGACAGCUAUUUCUCCCAACUUCUAUUCAGAGAAACUUUAUCAGUCAGCGAUUGUGGGCGAUGAUGAACAGCCUGAUUUGUCUUUCCAAAUGGAGGUGAAUCCGAACAGAAAUUAUUCAAUCUGGUUUCAUUUAUCUGAAAUUGAUCCAAAUAUAACUGGUGGAGGGCAGAGGGUUUUUGACAUAUUAAUAAACGGUGAUAUAGCAUUUGAGAAUGUUGACAUUUUUCAUACGACGGGAGGAAAUUAUGCAGCUCUUGUGCUGAACAAAACUGUUGAAGUAACUGGAAGGACCUUAAUAAUCACGUUGCGUACUAUACAUGGAAGUCAUGCGCUAAUAAAUGCCAUUGAGAUUUUUGAGCUGAUUCUAGCUGAGUCUAGAACUUCAGUGGAGGAAGUGCAAGCUUUGGAAAUUUUGAAGACUUCUCUGGGAUUACCACACCGUUUGGGCUGGAAUGGUGAUCCAUGUGUUCCUCAACAACAUCCAUGGAGUGGAGUCGAUUGCCAAUAUGACAGAAAAAGUGGCCAUUGGGUCAUAGAUGGACUAGGUCUUGAUAAUCAGGGUUUAAAGGGCUUCUUGCCAAAUGGCAUCAGUAAGCUGCGGCACUUGCAAAGCAUAAAUUUGAGUAACAACAACCUGUAUGGAGCAAUCCCCUCCUCUAUUGGCACUAUUGCUGGUUUACAAACAUUGGAUCUUUCAUACAACCAACUCAAUGCAUCUAUUCCUGAGACCCUUGGCCGGCUGAUGUCUUUACAAAUACUGAAUCUCAAUGGAAACCAUUUAUCUGGAAGAGUUCCAGCAAAUCUUGGAGGACGGCCACUUCACAGGGCUAGCUUCAAUUUCACUGGCAAUGCAGGUUUAUGUGGGAUUCCUGGGUUACGAGCCUGCGGCCCUCAUCUUUCCCUCGCUGCUAAACUUGGAAUUGCUUUCGGGGCUUUGUUCGGACUGCUGCUAAUCCUCCUUUGUGUUCUUAUCUGGUGGAAAAGAAGGGCGAACAUCCUUCGCGCUCAAAAGAUUGCUGCUUCCAGGGAAGCUCCCUAUGCCAAGUCGCGCUUCACACGAGAUGUCCAAAUGACGAAGCAUCACACUGUGCAAGACCAAACUCGAACCAGCCCUGAGAGUGCAUCCAACUUGCUCUCUUAGCCGCCGCCGCCGCGUGACGAUCCUUCUUUUAUCAUUGUCAUUCCAUUCUUUGUUUCCCUCCAAGAUCCUUUUUGACUGUGUUUCUUUGAUUCAGGAAAGCAGUAGAUUUCUCUUGUAGUCUGCUUGGGAGGAUAUUGUAGAAAUCACUAAAUUAUUAAAGAAAAAGAGUCUAAAAAAAUUCCAAAUACAAUUGUUCUUGAA